GUGUUACUUCCAAGAGCGCCGGGACAACCAAGCUGGCUCCGGGCUUUUAGUCUGAGCCAAUCUGCAGCUUCCUGUGCUGAAAUCUACAUUUUGACUGAAUUGCGUGUUUUGCCCCGGAUCCAAUAAAGGACAGAUUUUUAUUUAUUUAUACCUUUUUGCUUGUCUAUCGGAAAGAGGGGACGCGGUCGCCAUUCAUUCCCGUGUGUUUUUUUGGACGCUGAUCCUUUUUACGCAUGCCGGGAGAAAUCUGUGGUGACACCUGAUCGACUGGCUUCUCUGCUCACACUGACCCGGGACCUCGAAUCAGAGAGGGGGAGAGCAGAAACUCGGCCAAUGCUCGGCCUGUGCUGUUGAUUGUGUUUGUGUGUGUGUGUGUGUGUGUGUGUGUGUGUGUGAGUGCUUCGUUUGUGGGGUUGUAGCCCAGCCAAAGCCAUGGUCCACUGCGCCGGCUGCGAGAGGCCUAUCUUGGACCGCUUUCUGCUUAACGUGUUGGACAGAGCCUGGCAUGUCAAGUGCGUUCAGUGCUGCGAGUGCAAAUGUAAUUUGACAGAGAAAUGUUUUUCUCGAGAGGGGAGACUGUACUGCAAAAAUGACUUCUUUAGGCGGUUCGGCACGAAGUGUGGCGGCUGUUCGCAGGGCAUCUCUCCAAACGACUUGGUCCGAAGGGCCCGGAGCAAAGUAUUUCACCUCAACUGCUUUACUUGCAUGAUGUGCAAUAAGCAGCUGUCCACCGGCGAGGAGCUCUACAUCAUAGACGAGAAUAAAUUCGUCUGCAAAGACGAUUACUUAAACAACACCAGUGUAAAAGACACCAAUCUCCUCUCAGUAACGGCAUGCAGCGACCCGAGCUUAUCACCGGACUCCCAAGACCAGCUACAGGACGACGUAGUCCUAAAGGAUACAGAGAUAGCCGCCCUGUCCGACAAGGAAACAGUCAAUAACGAGAACGACGACCAGAACCUCGGAGGGAAGCGGCGUGGCCCGCGCACCACCAUCAAGGCCAAGCAGCUGGAGACACUAAAGGCCGCGUUCGCUGCCACCCCUAAACCCACCAGACACAUCAGGGAACAGCUGGCCCAGGAGACCGGCCUCAACAUGAGGGUCAUCCAGGUCUGGUUCCAGAACAGACGUUCCAAAGAGAGACGCAUGAAGCAGCUGAGCGCGCUGGGAGCCCGGAGGCACGCUUUUUUCCGGAGCCCGAGACGGAUGAGGACGCUAGUGGACAGGCUGGAGCCUGGGGAGCUCAUCCCCAACGGGCCGUUCUCCUACUAUGGAGAUUAUCAAAGUGAGUACUAUGGCCCGGGAGGGAACUAUGACUUCUUCCCUCAAGGGCCUCCAUCAUCACAGGCCCAGACCCCAGUGGAGCUCCCCUUUGUGCCCUCCUCCGGCCCAACGGGAACCCCCCUUGGAGGUAUGGACCACCCGCUGCCAGGUCAUCACCCCUCCAGCGAGGUGCAGCGCUUCUCUGACAUAAUGUCCCACCACCCAGGGGACUCACCCAGCCCAGAGCCUGGAAUUCCAGGGCCGCUGCACAGCAUCUCCUCUGAAGUGUUCGGCCCUAGUCCACCUUUUACCUCACUGUCGCUGAAUGGCAGCGGAUACAACAACCACCUGUCCCAUCCACCUUCAGAAAUGAACGAGGGCACUGUGUGGUAGCUUUUUGUUAGAGAAUGGACUUUGCUGGUGAGAGAUGUGGUUACAGACAGUGGUAUGGUUUUACAGUGUUGGGGGCUGGGGUUGAGAACAGGGAUAUGGACAUUGACAGGGUUAGAGCAGUGACACUGAAUCAUUAGUUUUUGGUGUUUUCAUAUUUAUUUAUUUAUUUUUUCCAUUUGAUUUUUUUUUUUUUGUGGGGGUACCAUAUCUGGCAUAAAAUUAUGCUGAAAAACACGGUUUUCAGUAUAGUG